AUGCGAAUAUGACAAAUCGCUUCCGUGCAGCCGUUUACAGCGACAUCUAUUGUUUACUAGUAAGAUAAAGUACACCAUUAUAUAUAAAUAAAUUUAUGGAGUGAACAAUUAAACAUAAUUUAUUUACAUUCUAAAAAUAAUACGUAUGUAUUUUUAGAUAGUUAAAGAAGCCAUAUAAAGCAACUUUUUUAAAUAAAUGCCGAAAUUGAAUCCGUGUUACACCCUGGACCGCAGCAAUGCUUUUUUCGAUUUUUUCGCACAAAAUGUCAGUUUUUCGAAGUCUGUAAACAAAUAUAAUUUUUUCGAAUAUAUUCCUCUUCCCCGCAUCUCGCUUAAUUAUUCUAUCUUUCAUAUCAAAACACAAAGGCAGGAAAAUAGAAGAUACGUAAAAGUGCGAUUACUGCUGCUUCUUCAAAAACAAAACGAAGUGCUGUCUCUAAAUUUUCAUUGAUUUCGCAAAUUAGUUGAUAAAGUUAUUCGAACGUGCACGCAAGUGAAAAAAGCGAUUACACUGUGAACAAGUGACAAGUACAAACUAACACAAAAAAUUUGGUGAUUUUUCUUUUGCUACAAGUGAAUGCAAAGGAAAAAAUCGCCAAACUCCACCUCAUAGUAAACACUCUUGCAGUGCAUUGAGAUGCAGAGUUACGGUGGAGCAACAGCGUCAGCUGCUCCCCAACAACUACCAAUACAAGAACAGCCCCAAACAAAUCUCUAUGACGCAACGCUGCGUAACAGCAACGUACAUCAGCAGGUAGACCAUGACGCAGGUGGUGCUGGUGGAGUGAUUCGGGGUGGAAGCAGCAGGCGCGAAAGCAGCGGUGAAAACUCGCGUUGUGAAAGCGAUGAUGACAGAAAUCAGCCAAGGUCAACCGCGGCAGUUGGUGGCAUAAAUAUCGCGCCUUCCACAACACGAAAUGGUGCAGAACAGAGUGGCAAUGAACAGCCUUCAGGCUCCAAUAACAUGGAAGGUGCUUCGCCUAUGGCCUCUUACAACGAAGAGAGGAUGCGACGAAAAUUGCAAUUCUUCUUCAUGAAUCCCAUCGAGAAGUGGCAUGCGCGUCGCAAGUUCCCAUACAAAUUCGUGGUGCAGGUGGUGAAGAUCGUCUUGGUGACCAUGCAGCUGUGUCUUUUCGCGCAUUCCCGCUACAAUCACAUCAACUACACCUGGGAUAAUCGCAUAGCCUUUUCGCAUCUGUUCUUGCGCGGUUGGGACUCCUCGCGCGAAGUGGAAUCCUAUCCACCAUCGGUCGGCCCUUUCGCCUUGUAUGAAAAAUCCGAUUUUUACAACACCAUUGAUUAUGCCGUGCGCGGCUAUGCCAAUAUAAGUCGUUCCAUCGGACCCUACGAUUACCCGACCGAAAACAAUGAGAUGGCACCCCUACACCUCUGCCUUUACAACUAUCGCGAGGGCACAAUAUUCGGCUUCAAUGAGUCGUACAUCUUCAAUCCCGACAUAACCGAGUUCUGUUUGUAUUUACCGCCAAAUGUGACAACGCUCGGGGUACAGGCGUACCUCAAGCAGAAUGGCGUUGAGGUGAGCUUCUCGUCGCUGGUGAAAGCGUCUUUGGUGUUCGCCAUUAAAACGGUGAAUUUUAAGGCGUACGGUGGUCCGCUAUCUGCGCCCGAUUGUUUCAAGUUCGAUGUGACGAUUUUCUUCGACAACCGCGAUCACGACGGCCAAAUGCUGCUAUCGCUCGAUGCGGAUGCGCAACGCUUGCGCUGCAGAGGUGACAUCGAAUUCAUUUCGAGCGCGGAGUUCGAUGAGGCUUUGCGUAGCAUGUUGAAUAUACUAGUGUUGUUGGUGUGCCUGCUGUCCUUCGCGCUGUGCUCGCGCGCGCUCUAUCGUGCCUAUUUGCUGCGCUGCCAGACGGUGAACUUCUUUCGCAUGCAUUUCCACAAAGAGCUGAGCUUCGAGGGGCGCAUGGAGUUUGUGAACUUUUGGUAUGUGAUGAUCAUCAUCAAUGACUUGCUGCUCAUAAUCGGUUCGUCACUGAAAGAGCAAAUCGAACGGAAAUUCCUUGUCGUUGAUCAGUGGGACACCUGCUCACUCUUCCUGGGCGUAGGCAAUCUGCUUGUGUGGUUCGGCGUGUUGCGUUAUCUGGGCUUCUUCAAGACAUACAACGUGGUCAUAUUGACGUUAAAACGUGCCGCACCCAAGAUACUACGCUUCCUACUAGCAGCGCUGCUCAUCUAUGCCGGCUUCACAUUCUGCGGUUGGCUUAUACUCGGCCCAUACCACAUGAAGUUCCGUUCGCUCGCCACGACCUCGGAGUGUCUGUUCUCGUUAAUUAAUGGUGACGAUAUGUUCGCCACCUUCGCAACGCUCUCAUCCAAGGCCGAUUGGCUGUGGUGGUUCUGUCAAAUCUACCUGUACUCCUUCAUCUCGUUGUACAUCUACGUUGUGUUGUCGCUAUUCAUCUCGGUCAUCAUGGAUGCCUAUGACACGAUCAAGUGUUAUUAUCGUGAUGGCUUUCCGAUUUCGGAUCUAAAGGCAUUUGUGGGCACGCGCACAGAGGAGGACUUAACGUCAGGUGUGUUUAUGAGUAACAUGGAUGACUUUGAUGGGAACGGUGUGCUGGAAGUGCUACGCCAAGUUUGUUGCUGUGGGCGUUGUCGGGUGGGCAGCGGCAGUGCUGGUGGCAGCAACGGCCCCUCAGGGUACACCAGUCUAACGAGUAUUAUCAAUUGUGUUUAUGAGACGCGCGUCUGAUGAAUGUUUUUUGGUUAUGAAGUAAACGAAAUUCUGUACACGAGUCGUAAAUGUGUAUAAAGAUCUAGUUUUAAGUAUUAAUAUGUUUUUGGUAGCGAACUGUAUACAUAAAUAUAUGUACAUACCUACAUACAUACAUACAUACAUACAUAAUAAAGAUACCUUGUACAUUAAAUUACAAAAUUCGAAGUGUUGAUUAAUUUUUUAUGUCAACUACAGUUAAAGCUAUAAAAUUGGGUGCUCAUUACUUCCCAAGUUGAUUUUUGUUUUUGUUUUAGUUUUUUUUUUUUCCAAAUUCUCAGCACAUUUGGUUUCUCAUUUUAAUUGCGUAUAACUUUUAAGGGAGUGAUAUCGGCGGUUUCGACAAAUGAGCAGCGUCUUAAGGAGAAAAGAACGUGUGGAAAGUUUCAGAUCGAUAUCUCAAGCGCUGAAAGACUAGUUCGACAAUCCAGAUCAAUAGCGCCCUUUCAUCAGACGCUGUAAUUUGUUGUUUUGAAGAAAUUAUUUGAACGAUUUUGUGAAUUUAAGUACAUUAUAAAUAAGACAAUAAUAAUAAUAAUAACUCCUCCUCAUGUGGCUCUUGCAUCGGAUUUGUUGUGUACCAUUUUUUCUUUAUUUUGAAUUUUGCAUCCUUCCAUACCUCAAAUAUAUACAUACAUAAGUGUUAAACACUUUUAUAGAAAUAAAAAUGCAAUUUUAUUUAAUUUAUGCCAACCGUCUUCGCCGCAACAUUAAGAUGCAUUAAUGAUGAUUCUUUUUGAAAUAGCCCUCCAAAAAAUAUCGAAAUUCAAUGGGUUUAUCUGCUUUCUUAAAUCUUUGGCAUACGCAGAGUUUUUUCGAACAAUAAUUCAUAUUCAAAUCAUUACGAGUAUAUUCACUUCAAAUAAUCGCGCUCGUUUCUAUUUCGCUCUCAAUUAUUACAACAACAAAGAUCGACUGUUUCUAAAUGGAAUAAAAGAAUACCGAUUUAUUUUCGAUAAAUGCCGAUAACGCCAACAGAAAUGUCAUAUAGUCGUUCUUACUUCAUUUUAAAACGGAUUUGACAAUUUUUGACUCAAAAUUUAUUUUAAGGCUUAAAGAAAGCAUGUUGUCGUUU